CCAUAGGUUUUUGGAUUAUCGCAAAAAACUAAGCUCUGUGAUCGACAAAUGUUUACAAUACUUACACGUCGUCGGAAGUCGUAUCGCCGAGUUUGGCGCGCGGUUCAAAAGCCAGAAUUGUCAGAGCGCGCGAGUGAGAGAGCAACUUCACGGAUAUAUAGGAGGUUUAUUUUAAGAGUUAAAUUGAACCGAGUUUAAUCAUCGGAUUAUCCCAGCGACAUGAAAAUGUCAACCAGGACAUCAAAGAAGAGAAAACCGAGCUCUCCGAAUGCUGAAAGUAAUCCAGCGAAGAAGAAAGCUUUAACUCGGCUGAAGGAGAACCACCCGUCUCUGCUGAAUUCCCCCGAAAGGAUGCGUUCCCCAUCGUGCUCUCCCCGUGCACCUAGAAAGUUGGCGCGCACAUCAACGUUGGAGUCUCCUCCUAAAAGAGCAUCUCCUUCCAAAGCUAUACUCGGAGCAGGGUCGUUUUACAGCAAGCAGAAACCCCUGUACCUCACACCACUCGAAAGGAAGGUGCUCAAGGAAACCAAGUCGCCUCCCUCGAACCCGGAUCAGCCGAGCGCUCACGUCCCGUCACGGGGCAACGUCAAACCCAGAAAGCCUAAAAAGGAGAAACCGAGAGCGCAGAAAUCCAACCUAAAGGGCUACUUCGCGCCUAAACCCAACUGGAGCACGAAAGCGGAUUCCUCCACAAACGCGCUGGAAGUGAAGAAGCAGGCCUCGAUCACGUUUGGCAGUUUGAAAUCCAAAAACAAACCCCGGAUCGUCAUCGGUGCUGCUUUCUUCGGGACCGGAAAAAAGCCAGCGUCCAUGUACAAGCCUCAAGCCGUGAAACCGAAGCCGAAACAAGCCAACUGUCAGAAACCUGCAGCGGAGAAGGGCGUGGCUCUAGCACAGAGAGACCGCUCUCCGGUGCGCCGGGCUGUUUUUAUUCACAAACCUAAACCGAACCCUCAGCUGUCAUCUAAACCCGGGGACUGUGGUGUGUCCGAGGGAAUAGAUACCACGACACGACGUCCUCAGCCCUUGAGCUCGCACAGUCUUUCACAGACCGCCGCUGAGGUCGUCACGAAACCUCGUUCACCAAUCAAAUCCUUAAUCCCCAACACUGAUCACCAGGACACACCUGUCGAUCCUGGUUCGGACACAGAGCUGGACAUCAGUGAAAUUAGCGCCUCAAAUAACAGCAGCUGUUCGGAUAACGAAACGUCAGCCAUGUACCCCAUCUUCGGCUCCAGAAGGUCUCAGAAGAAGCGUGGUCUGUCCUCGCCUCUGAACCGCAGCACUCCAUCUGUCUUGGUUAAGGAAAGGAGCUCCAGGAGGAAGAAGGAGACGAAGAAGCAGAACGAUGAAGAUCAGCUGGUCAUUGACGCCGGGCAGAAGCAGUUCGGUGCCACGACGUGUAAUUCGUGUGGCAUGCUUUAUAGCACAGAUAGUCCAGAGGAUAACUUCCAGCACACGCAGUUCCACCAGCGCUUCCUCGACACCAUCAAGUUUGUGGGCUGGAAGAAGGAAAGGGUUAUGGCUGAAUUCUGGGAUGGUAAAAUCAUCCUUGUUCUUCCUGACGACCCAAAGUAUGCAACUAAAAAGGCAGAGGACGUGAGACGUAUUGCAGAUAGUGAGCUGGGAUUUCAGCAAGUCAACCUCAGCAGCCCCAGUGCUGCCAAAACCUACCUGUUCAUCAACAGUGACAAGAUGGUGGUGGGCUGCCUGGUGGCAGAGCCCAUAAGACAGGCGUUCAGAGUGCUGGUACAGCCAGAUAAGCCCAAGGACAUGACCAAGGACGACUUCAUGGAGCGCCACAGAGCCUGGUGCUGCUCCACCAUGCCGGAGAAGGCCAUCUGUGGAGUGAGUCGAAUCUGGGUGUUCAGCCUGAUGAGGAGAAAGGGCAUCGCCACACGUCUGCUAGACACCGUCAGGGGAUCAUUCAUGUACGGAAGCCCACUGAAUAAAGAAGAAAUCGCCUUCUCCGACCCCACUCCUGAUGGCAAGCUCUUUGCAACGAAGUACUGUGAAACUCCCAGGUUUCUGGUCUACAACUUCAUUGGCUAGUUUUUGUAAACAUGGUUUGCUCACUGUGUGUUAUCCUUUUUAGACUGAGAAAUGACUUGCUGCUGUUUUGCUUUAUAAUGUGUUUAACCAUUUAAUUCUGUGCUAAUAGAUGCUUUUGCCAACAUGCAUUUAAUGGAACAGUUGGUUAAAAAAAAAAAAAAAAAAAGACAACCUGACAUGUUGCCUUGAAAUAGGUUUGGCUCAGCAAUCCAAUCUGUACAGUUUCAUAAAUCUGUGUGUAUAUACACGUAUAAAACUAUUUCUUUUAAAUACAAAUACAAGUGAAAUCACAUGCAGUUAUUUAAACAUGCACACACUUUUCAUUAGGCAUCCAGUGAUGAGUAAGAAGCAAAAUUCAGACAAAGUUGUUUUAUCUCCUGUUUUAAAGAUAUCAUUUGGAGUAGUUGGAGUCAUCAGGUCCUCAUGUUUUGAGAACAAUCUGCUGGUGUAAAUGACUUAUGUGCAGUCUUUAUUUGUAAAUAUUUUAAAUAAAAUGUUGCUGCUAA